AUGGACGGGAUAUAAACAACAAACGUAAAAUUCUUGGCUUGCAUUCUUAACUAAAAAUGGAAACGUGCGGCCUUAUUUGCGUGAGCGGGGACUACGAAAAGUUCCUGGUGCGCUGCUCCCAAUGCCCCACGGACAUGGAGCUGGCCCAGUGGCCAGAGUUCGUCCUGCACUUUCGGAACAUGCACACCGCGCCGCUAGAGCAGAAAGUCUUUAAAGAGGAAAUACCUGAAAAAUGUGACCUGGAAUUCCAAGAUGAAACAUUUGAGGUGGAAGAAGUUAUGGUGGAUGAUGACUCGAGCACGGAGGAAUCAAAUACAGAAGAAGAUAUGAAUGUAGAAGCACUCGACUCUUCGCCUGAUGAGGCAGAGGAGUCAGAGGCCUCCGGUGGCUCAGAUCAGGAGGAGGAACUCUCUGAACCUCCUGGUGAGAAUGCCGACACAAGCCCUACACCCUCUUAUAAGUUCCGUCCCACCUUCUUUCGCCGGGAUCCUCGGACGGUUAAAUUCAUAGAGCUCUACAAGGCACAUCCGUGCCUCUGGGAUUCCAACCACAACGACUACAAGGAGCCCAGUGCACGCUCCAAUGCGUUAAAACAGAUGCUUACUUCUUUGGAAACAACUGUGUCAGUCGUUCUUAGCGAGGUUAAUUUAAAAAUGGCCAUCAAAAAGUUGCAUACACAGUACAACACCGUUCAGAAGCGGGUGCUGGCGAAAAAGCAAAAGCCCCAGUCCCUGGCCUACAAUGUGUACACUCUCUGCAGCUUCCUAAAAGACAGCCGCAUGCCGGAAGAAGCCAACCGGGAACAGGAAGAAGCUGGCAAAGGAGGAAAGAUUCAGCUAGAUUUUUCAAAGAAGAACAAGCUUACCACGGAGCUGAUACAGAUGUACUUAAAGUUUCCACAGCUUUACGAUCCCGAGCACAAGGAGUUCUCCAGCAUGAGCUCCCGGAAGCAAGCAUACGAAAUUAUGGCGGAGGAGAUCUCAGUGCCCAAUGAGGACGUCAGCAGUGAUGACAUAUUUCGCGCAAUCAACUGUCUUCGUCAGUGGUACUACAAGACCAUUAAGGUUGCCACUAAAACCGGGGCGGAAACGUUCUAUUCGCAGAUGUGCCAGUUUCUGCCGCCCAAGUUCAAACAGCGGCUCGUCUGCGAGAUUUGCCACUCGGUUGUGUCCUCUGAUCUAGUACUGCAGACGCACUUCUUUAAGGCGCACAACAUCGGCGAGCUACCGUUCAAGUGCACCCAAUGCAGUCGCAGUUUCAUUGGCCGAGCAGAGCUGUCCAAUCACAUGCACCGUGUUCAUAUCGGAAAGACCCACAAAUGUAGCCACUGCGAGCGAACUUUUGCCGUGAUCUCGGAUCUACAACUCCACAUUCGUACCCACACGGGCCACAAGCCCAACGUGUGUGAGCAAUGCGGCAAGGCCUUCCGGCUGCGGUCACAGAUGAAGCUCCACGUCACGGCCAUUCACGACAAGAUUCGGGCCUUUAAAUGUACCAUGUGUCCCAAGGAUUUCGUGAAGAAGGUCCAUUGGUCUGAUCACAUGAAAAGCCACCUGAACAUUCGCGACAAGAUAUGCACAGUAUGCGGCAAGGGAUUCACCAGUUGCCACUCCCUCAUCCGGCACCGUCAAAUCCAUUCCGAGGUGAAGAAGUUCGUCUGCAAACUGUGCGACGCUAGAUUCUCCCAAUUUGUGGGCCUAAAUUCACAUAUGAAGCGCACACACAAUAUUGUGCGCAACAAACAGCAAAAGGAUGGCGAAGCAGUUAAUGCAGAGAACUAACAAUGGUUAAUUAAUGCUUCAUAAUACUUUACUUAUUUUUAUUUAAUAUU